AUGGCGUACAGUCAGGGGGGCGGCAAGAAGAAGGUCUGCUACUACUAUGAUGGUGACAUUGGAAAUUACUAUUAUGGACAAGGACACCCUAUGAAGCCUCAUAGAAUACGAAUGACCCACAACUUACUUUUGAACUAUGGACUCUACAGAAAAAUGGAAAUAUAUCGCCCUCAUAAGGCCACAGCAGAAGAGAUGACCAAGUAUCACAGCGAUGAAUACAUUAAGUUUCUUCGAUCAAUAAGACCAGACAAUAUGUCUGAAUACAGCAAACAAAUGCAAAGAUUCAAUGUUGGUGAGGACUGUCCGGUGUUUGAUGGCCUUUUUGAGUUCUGUCAGCUUUCCACUGGAGGCUCUGUUGCCGGUGCUGUAAAAUUGAACAGACAGCAAACUGACAUGGCAGUAAACUGGGCAGGAGGGCUUCAUCAUGCAAAAAAAAUCAGAAGCGUCUGGGUUUUGUUACGUGAAUGACAUUGUUCUUGCCAUACUUGAACUCCUAAAAUACCACCAAAGAGUGUUAUACAUUGACAUAGAUAUUCACCAUGGUGAUGGUGUUGAAGAAGCUUUUUAUACCACUGAUCGUGUUAUGACAGUUUCAUUCCACAAAUAUGGGGAAUAUUUCCCUGGCACCGGUGAUCUCCGAGAUAUUGGUGCUGGAAAAGGAAAGUAUUAUGCUGUCAAUUUUCCAAUGAGGGAUGGAAUUGAUGAUGAAUCAUACGGACAAAUAUUUAAGCCAAUCAUUUCCAAAGUAAUGGAGAUGUACCAGCCCAGUGCAGUAGUUUUACAGUGUGGUGCCGAUUCAUUGUCAGGAGACCGCCUUGGGUGUUUCAAUUUAACAGUAAAAGGCCAUGCUAAGUGUGUUGAAGUUGUGAAGACUUUUAACUUGCCUCUACUCAUGCUUGGUGGAGGUGGAUAUACUAUCCGUAAUGUUGCUCGUUGCUGGACAUAUGAGACUGCUGUUGCACUGGAUUGUGAAAUCCCAAAUGAGCUACCAUACAAUGAUUACUUUGAAUAUUUUGGACCAGAUUUCAAGCUUCAUAUUAGCCCUUCUAACAUGACCAAUCAAAAUACACCGGAGUACAUGGAGAAAAUAAAGUAA